CCCGGCCUUUCGUGGAAGGAAUGAAAAGGAGAGUUGAAACCGCGCGCUGCACAUGAUCUGUAAGAAUCGCGGAGCGCUUUGAGCAGCCUGUGUGCCCAAAUCCCAUCGGACCCACAGAUUUCCUUUCAAUUCAGGGGAUCUAGAGCCAAAAUAACCACAACGACCGGCUUUCAACCCCCGAGUCCAGACCUCCCUCCCUCCGUAAGGUCAGAUCCAGAUUCAAAUCCAGACAGCCGGUUGGCGCCAAAGCGCGACGUUGGGCGCGGCGCGGCCCCGCCUGAAUUUGAAAUCUGUGCAAGUCAGCGUCUCUCUUUCGCCGUACGUUGGCAUUCUGGCGCCCGUGGUUCCUCCCUGCCCAUCUGCCAGUCUUCGCUUUCCGCUCCUUCUUUUCCAUUCCUUCGUGUUCCCUUGCUUGGGAACUCUCCUCCUUCUAGAACAAGCGAGGCCCUCUGGCGGCGGAAUCUCCCACCAGAGGCACCCGUUGUCCGAUCAACGUAGCUGCAUUAUCGACGUCCGUCCACCAAGGGAACUCUGAUCUGAAAACCAGUAGCAGAGAUGGCUGCAUUGCGUCGAUGUCCUCAGAUCAUCCCCAAACGACAAUCUUCCUCCAGAAACCUGCCUGAAUACCGCGAAUUCAUCUUCUUCCCCAAGAGAUUUCUCGGGAGUUCCGGGGUUUUUCGUGCUUUUUCUCGAUCGGAUUUGGUUGCGAAAGCUGGAACAGGGAUUAGGAUUCGGGCAGAGUCUGUAGUGAAGUCCGCCGGUGCGGGUUUGGGCCUGGAAUUGGACGUGGUGGUGGAGAGGGAGGUGAAGUCUGCCGAUGCGGGUCUGGGGUGGGGAUUGGGCGUGGCGGUGGAGAGGCAGGUGAAGUCUGCCGAUGCGGGUCCGGGCCUGGAAUUGGACGUGGUGGUGGAGAGGGAGAUGAAGGAGAAGGGUGUGCUCGGGGUGAGGAGGACGAAGCUUGUCUGCACGAUCGGCCCGGCUUCUUGCUCAUUUGACGCGCUAGAGAAGUUGGCCUUGAGGGGGAUGAACGUUGCGAGGUUGAACAUGAGCCAUAACACGCGGGAUUGGCACCGCGAUGUGAUUCGGAAGGUGAAGAGGUUGAACGAGGAGAGAGGGUACUGUAUCUCCUUGAUGAUUGAUACGGAGGGGAGGCAUAUGCACACGGCGGAUCUUGGAGGAGCAUCGUCUAUCAAAGCUGAGGACGGAUCCGUUUGGUUAUUCACGACUGAAAGAUUGAAUGGUACUCUUCCUUCUACCGUUCAAGUCAAUUAUGAGGGCUUUGCUGAAGGUGUUUUAGUGGGUGAUGUACUUGUCCUAGAUGCUGGAAUGGCAAGCUUUGAAGUUAUCGAAAAAGUCGGGGAUGACCUGAGUUGUAAGUGCAUCGAUCCUGGUCUGAUUCUUCCCCGGGAAAAAAUGACUUUUUGGAGGAACGGACAGCCUGUUGCAAACAAUUCUCAACUUCCAACCUUAUCACCGAAGGAUUGGGGUGAUAUUGAUUUCGGAAUAUCGGAGCACAUUGAUUUUAUUGCUGUUUCAUUUGUGAAGAACGCUGAAGAUAUCAGGAGUUUAAAAUCAUAUCUAUCUAGAAGAUCAUCUGAGUUUACAAGAGUUUUGGCAAAAAUAGAGAAUUUGGAGUCCAUGUGGAAAUUGGAAGAAAUUGUACAGGUUUCUGAUGGGGUCAUGGUGGGUCGUGGAGACCUUGGUAUGGAAGUUUCUGUAGAGCAUAUCCCUUCUAUUCAAGAAGAAAUAACAUGCUUAUGCAGGCAGCUGAACAAGCCGGUGAUUGUAGCAUCUCAGCUUGUUGAAUCAAUGGUGGAAUAUCCAAUACCAACUCGUGCAGAGGUUGCAGAUGUGUCCGAGGUUGUUCGGCAGUAUGCUGAUGCCAUGAUGUUAUCUGAGGAAUCAGCAAUUGGUCUAUUUGCAGACAAGGCUCUAUCAGUUCUCCAUGUUGUUAGCGAACACAUGGAGCGGUUGUGUAGAGGUGAACGUCUUCAAAAAACUCUCUCUCCAAGCCUACUUGGUCAGUCAUUGUCUGAUCGGAUUGCUGAACAAAUAUGCAACUCUGCUGCAGAAAUGGCCAACAAUCUGCAAGUUGAUGCCAUUUUUGUGUAUACAACUAGUGGCCUUAUGGCCUCACUUCUGUCAAGAAACCGGCCCAACUCCAUGAUAUUUGCUUUCACUAACAAAAGCAGUACAAGAAAUUGGUUGAAUUUACUAUGGGGAGUUGUUCCUCUUAGAGUUGAACUAUCUGAUUACAUGGAAGAGAAUAUAAAAAAAGCCUUUAACCUUACAAAGGCAAGGGGUGUGGUGAAGGAAGGUGACAUGGUUCUGGUUGUCUCAGAUAUUGAGUGCGGUAGAGCAACUAACCCUUCCCAGCAAUCAAUACAGGUGCGCAUGAUAACUUAGUUCGUUCAAUGAUUGCUACUCAUGCAAGAUUUAUAAUCUUCUCAUUCACGUUUCUAGUCAGCUAACUUCACGGUUCUUGAUUUCAAAAUUGGUGGAAGUGCCGUAUCCGGUUGCUGUUUGGUUCUAUAUCUUUCCGUUUUUUGUAAAUUUUUGUUUCUCGUGAUCCUUUAUGUUACCUAAUGAAUUACUGCUUGAGAAUAACUUGUGUUGUAAGAUAAUUCUUAGUUUUAUACGAGAAUUGACAUGCAAAUUGCAAUAGCAUGAAUAAAUUAUGUUACACGUACAAGUCGUGCAAGGAAAAGAAGGCUUUCCGCCAUUCCUGACUGCA